AUGACUAAGGACGAUGUGCUACUCUACAAAGUGAUAAAGUAUGGGAAAUUAAUCAAGAAGAAGGAGAAGAUCGCGCAUGUUCUGAGCCGGCUAAACGAUGUUGAAAUGACUCUAGAUAUUUUGUCAGCGACAAAUAUCGGUCGUUAUGUCAACAGAUUGUGCGACGAUCCAGAAUACGGUCCUGAAGCCUCGAGGAUUAUUGAGAAGUGGAAGGAAGUGGCCCGGCAAAGCGGUGUUCGAGGUGAUGAAGACGUUAGUUCCGAAGGUGAGGAAUCCGCGGACCACGAUCCACCAACCGAGAGGAUGGGUCUGGUGAACGGUACUCAUGAAGCUAAAUCAAGAUAUCGCGAUGAUGACACCAAAAGAAAUGAGCAUAAGCGAGAAAGAAGUGAUAGUCGGAGAAGCGAUUCUGAAAUGCGUGACAGAGAGAAAUUUCGUAGUAGGCCCGAUGAUGACAAGAAGCGUCACCGGUCAGGUAGCUCGAGAAAUGAGGGCAACACGGAAAAAUCUCGCUCUGAUUCCCAUCGACGAGGCGAAGAACAUUCAAUGCAUAGUGGUGACGAGGACGAUGAGCGUAGACGGCGUCAUCGUGACGAGUAUGACAGAAGAAGUUCCUGUGAGGGUAGUAAACCUAACCAAGUAGGUCAGCACAAAAGUCGCCAUCAUGAUGGCAAUGAUCGCAAAAGGAAGGUAAGAGAAGCCGAAGAGGAAAACCACUGCAAACGGAAGGCUUACGAAGGUGUCAGAACAGCGGGCAGUGACUACGAUGACCAUUCUGACGCUAAGUACAAGAAUUCUGGCAGAGACAGUUACAUGGCCCCGGAACGAGUACAGGGGGAGAGCAGCGAUGAUCAUGGGCGUAGCGACGACUUUUCUGGAAGAACAGACGAUGAGGAUGUGGAUGAAGACGCUGUAGACGAGAAAGGUGAUUCGUCACCGAGCAACAGACAGUCUUCGUCUCGCAGCGAGAAGUCUCACAAAAGUGGUCCUUCAUAUGAGGGAUGCACACAAAAAUCAUCGAAGCCCAAGUCUCAUAGUUCCUCCUCGUCAAAAUCCAAGUCUGAGAAAUCGUCUGAACGUAAUAAAGUUGCCACUGAUUUCGAAAUGAUGUUGCAAAGCGCUGACACAACGCCAACGAAAAGCCGUAAACCGCGCGAUCCUCACUGGAAAUGGGCAGAAAUGCCUUUGCUCAACAACUACCAACCGUUCCCGCAAGCUCUCCCGCAAGCUCUUCGUCCUGCAAAUAAGACACCACCUCCUCCACAAGACGAUUUCAACCCGGAGAAUAUGUUCAAACCUCGCAAUGAGCGCGGAAAGGUUUUUGCUGGUCGACGAAAAGUUACCACUAUUUCCAUGCCAUCUCUUUUCAACCUCUGUCUCCGUGUUUUAGCUAACAAUACUCGGGUUCUGUAUUAUGCGGACUAUAUCAACUAUGAAGUGCUCAAGCCGGUACUGGAGAAGUGCGACGCAGAAACUCUUGCGCACAUCGAGUCAAAGCACGAUUAUCUGGAAGAGGACACUGGUGAACUAUGGCAGCGUUUUGUCACGAAGAAGUAUCCGGGAGAAGAACCGGAUGACGGCGACUCGUGGAAGGAUUUUUAUGCUUUCCUGGAAAAGGAAAGGGAAAAGAAACUGAAGCUGCUUAGCCAGCGCAUUGGGAAGCACCAUCAAGCUGAUUCCGCCAAAGCGCCUCGGAAAGCGAUGCUAGCCGAUGCAGCUGCUCCAAGCUACAUAAGACGUCGUCAAAUCCAGCAUGGCACUCUGAGCAGCAAACCUCUACCAAGUGCUAUAGAAGUGUCCCACGCUCGUAGAAAAAUAUUCGAAACUGGAGGCUGCAAAGAUGCACUGGCUGCUCUUCCGAAAGCUGUAGUGAAUAAAAAUUCGACAGUGGGCGCUAAAAUGAACAGAGAUGGACCGAAGAAGCCUCCGGCAAAGAAGGGUGCUCUUAUGAUCAAGACUAUGAAAAUGCUAAAUAUGAAGCGGAAGUGA